GCACAGAUUGCAUCCCCCAGGCUGGGUUCAGAGACCUCAUGGGCAGGUUGCUCAGUACCUGAGGGAGGCGAGGAGGGAGGGAGGAAUGAGGGCAGGCUGUAGGCUUCCCCUUGGCGUGCAAACAGGAACACUGGUGUUUCUCAGUGGCUGUGAGCAUGCUGAUGAAAACCCCAGGAUAUUGAGUCAUUGUGGUGGCCAGCUGAUUGUGAGCACUCAUCCCUGAACACUCACGCAGGGGCAAAAGACUCUAGAAACUUGUCUCAGGUCUCCGGCCCAAGCAGUCCAUGGAAUUUCAUAACCUGAGCUCUCCCUCUCUCCUUCCUCCUCUCUCUCUCUCUACUCUCCCUCCAUCCCCCUCCCCCUCUGCCUUCACCACUGCCUUGGGGUCACCUGGAGAGACCUCGAAGGCCCCGUGCCACCCAGCCUCUUCCCCUACAGUGUCUGCCUUCCUGGCUCCCAUCCUGUGCGUGGAGUUUGUCCUGGGCCUGGUGGGAAACAGCUUGGCACUCUUCAUCUUCUGCUGCCGAACGCGGCCCUGGACGUCCAACACGGUGUUCCUGGUCAGCCUGGUCAUCGCGGACUUUCUCCUGAUCAUCAACCUGCCCCUCCGCGUGGACUACUACUUCCGCCACGAGAUUUGGCGCUUUAAGGCCGCUGCCUGCAAAAUCAACCUCUUCAUGCUGUCCACCAACCGCACAGCCAGCGUGGUCUUCCUCACGGCCAUCGCGCUCAACCGCUACCUGAAGGUGGUGCGGCCCCACCACCCGCUGAGCCGGGCCUCAGUGCAGGCGGCCGCCUGGGUGGCGGGGGGACUCUGGGGGGGCAUCCUGCUCCUCAAUGGGCACCUGCUCCUGACCACCUAUUCCAACUCCUCCUGCCUUAGUUACCGGCUGGGCACGAGCCCCUCGGCCUCACUCCGCUGGCACCAGGCGCUGUAUGUGUUGGAAUUCUUCCUGCCGCUGGCGCUCAUCCUCUUUGCCAUCGUGAGCAUCGGGCUCACCAUCCGGCGCCGCAGCCUGGGAGGGCAGGCGGGCCCGCGGAGGGCCAUGCGCGUGCUGGCCGUGGUGGUGGCCGUCUACACCAUCUGCUUCUUGCCCAGCGUCAUCUUCGGCUUGGCUUCCAUGGUGGCCUUCCGCCUGCGUGCCUGCUCCACCCUCGACAUCUGCUCGCAGCUCUUCCACAGCUCCCUGGCCUUCACCUACCUCAACAGCGUCCUGGACCCGGUCCUCUACUGCUUCUCCAGCCCCAAAUUCCUCCGCCAGGCUCGCGCCCUGCUGGGCCUCUCCCAGAGCCGGGAGGACCCAGCCAAAGACGAGAGCUCCUACGAGCCGUCCACCCGGCGCCGGACGACCACUAGGAAGGUGGGGACCGCAGGAAAGCUACAGAAGGAGGUCUCGUUGGAGGUCUCCCUGGAGUAAGGAGGACCCCUUGCAGGCCUGCUGCAGUGCCAUGGGAGUGAGGACGCCAGGCCCUGGGCUGGAGGGACAAGGUCACUCCCUGCACUGUUGCCAGCACAGGUACCUCAACCAACUGGGCAAGGGACGUCUGCAGGAGCCAGGUGGGUGGCAGGGAGAGAAAAGAGUCUUGGGUUUACAGAGUAGUGUGCCCAGGACUAUGUCCCCAGAGCACCGGAAAGAGCAUGAGGGCAGCAGAGACACGCAGGGGCUGUGGGGGCUCCAGCUCAGACAAGGGGCCACACAGCUGCCCAGUCCCGGGGCCAGAGUGUGGUUACUGUGAGAUCAGAAGUCUUGCUUUAGAAAUCAACAGCCGCAUUUUCUGUGAUCUCC